AUGGCUGUCGACAACCACCCUACCCACAUCGACCUCCCUCCUCCCCUGGUAUCGCCAAAUGAAACCGCGAAAGGCACCCCAGUAUCAGACUAUGAGCGACCGAUGUCACCUUUACAUAUGCCUCCGGGGCAAAUUGAUGGAUUGGAUGCUUUGAAAGCCCAGGAAUACAUGAAUGGGCGACGAGGAUCCGGUCAGAGUAGCAAUUUGCAUCUACACAUACCGGGAAUGGUUUCACCUGCUGAUGUAGCAUUUUCGGCUAUACACUAUCUGCCAUACCCUGUAAUUGUCUUGAAUGGCUCCAAAACGGUGGUUCUCGCGAACGAAGCCUCAGCGAGGCUACUGAGUGUAAAUGAUGGCGAAAGUGAAGCAGAAGAAGACCAACAACCGGCGGAACGAUACAAAGGUCAAACUCUUGCCCAACUGGGUAUUGACAUGAUGUCAGAUCUCAAGCCGGUAUGGGUUACCUGGGAUUUGUUCUUGGACAGUCUGGGCGACGAAAUCAAUGUCCAUGCCAAUGCACAAGAAACGGUGUCUUCGGAAUGUGAAGGAGAUGUGACACCAACUGCAGAAAGAGCCGAUCCUCAAAAUCGAUUUGCGACGAACGCUGAGAAGAAGACAUCCAUGGUUCAUGAUGCGGUAGUGGAAGUUGUCAUCACAGCUGGGUCGAUCACAGCAUCCACUUUUGCAGGACGGACGGCUAAGAAAAUGGCAGAUAGACAUUCUUAUGCCAAGAUGAUCAUUAGUAUUUUCGAGAUCGAAGAUGAAAAAUACUUUCUCUUGACCUUCACGAGUACUGAAACUAAUCAAUCUGGACUACCUAGCCCGAAGCGAAGCUCGAGAAAGAUUCACAACCCGAAGUUCAAAAUAGGUUCUAGUAAUGGCUCCAAAUCUUCAAGCACUCUAUCACGUUCAAACCCAUCAUCCGCAAGCUCUGAACAUGGUUCCAAUCAUGAUUCAAGUCAGGGAUCUAGUGGCUCUUCUGCGAUUACUAGUCCUACGAAUGCACCCAUGUCAUCUUCUCCGUUUCCACCUUUGGGUCCUCCAUCUCGCGUCAAUAAAUCAGGAGCCCCGUCAAUCCUACAGAAAGUAAUUGUGUUAAAAGAUGCACUGUUGGAUAACACAGAAGUUCCUAUUCUGGCCAUGUGGAAGGAUGAAAGCUUGACGAUACCGAAUAAAGCUGCAAGGAGACUGUUUGCGAGGGAGGCCGACAUGUCAACCGUUAAAACUGGGUUUGAUUUGGUUCAAAAGUGGCAUUGCUAUAAUCAUGAUUUUACAGAGGCUCUAGAUCCGGCAGAAUAUCCCAUCUCAGUUCUCGUCAGAACACAAACACCGUUUUCUAGCCGCUUGCUCGGGGUGUAUGACCCUGAUACUGGGGAAAAGAUUCUAUAUGAUUGUUUAGGAGAAGCAGUUCGAGAUCCAGAUACUGGCGAGUUUUUGGCUGGCAUUGUUACUUGUAGGGAUAUCACAGCUGUGACACAACAGAUUGCCGAAAUAAAAGAGGCUGAUGAGCAGAGAUUCCAAAUAAUUUGUGACAGUAUGCCACAACUCAUUUGGACCACCACUCCCGAUGGCAUGCAUGACUGGUUUAGUCAGCGAUGGUAUGACUACACAGGCUUAACUGCUGAAGAAUCUCUGGGUGAGGGCUGGAAAUUGCCAUUCCAUCCAGAUGACAUGGCGUUGACAAAGAAGCGCUGGCUGCAUUGUCUAGAGACUGGCGAUCCCUAUACCACCGAAUACCGUUGCAGAAAAUAUGAUGGAGAAUGGCGAUGGAUGCUCGGACGAGCUGUUUGUAUGAGAAAUAAAGAUACUGGCAAAAUCCAAAAAUGGUAUGGAACAUGCACGGAUAUCCAUGAAGCUGUCAUGUCGAGAUUCGAAGCUAAACGACUUCGUCAACAAUUACUGUCCGUCAUUACACAUGCUCAAGUCACACUGUUCUCAGUGGAUCGACAUCGUAAAAUCAAUCUCCUCGAAGGCUCUUUCAUAUGGGAUCUUGACAGCGAUGUAGGAUCUAGCGAUGAGAGUGUGGCCGGUAGUGGUAAAGCUAAGGGAAGUGAUUAUAUUGGAAGGAAUGUCUAUGAAGUCUUUUCGCACCCCAAUAAUCAAAGGCAACGACAUGACAUGAUUCCUUCUUCACUACAACCAAUUGAGGAUAUAUUGACUGGAAAGACAAUGGAAGAUAUGCAGGAACACGUGAUCGACAAUAGAUGGUAUCGAACAAAAUUCGUUCCCGUUCUAGGUAAGAAAGACGGGGGCGGCCACAUCAAUGAAGCGUUCAUUGAUGGUGUAAUUGGAUUAUCUAUGGAUAUCACAGAGAUCAAGGAUCGAGAAAACGACCUCCAGAUGCAAGAAAGAGAGAAUACAAGACUUCUCGCCAACGAAGCCGCUGCCAAAGAAGCAAGUCGUUUGAAGAGUCAGUUCCUCGCCAACAUGAGUCACGAAAUCAGAACACCCAUUGCGGGUGUAAUUGGAAUGGCCGAGCUUCUGACUGAUAUGAAUCUCGAUGAAGAACAACAAGAGUGUGCUGAAAACAUCCAACGUUCUGCGAACGCACUUCUCACAGUUAUUAACGAUAUUUUGGAUUUCUCAAAGGUUGAAUCUGGCCGAUUAGACAUUGAAGAAGUCCAAUUCUCUUUGUCGGUUGUGGUACGAGAUGUUAGCAAAAUGUUGGGAUUUGCCGCCGAACGAAAGAAUUUAAUGUUUGAAUCUAACAUUGCCGUCGGAGUUGAAAGAGAUCUGAUUGUUAUG